AUGGCGGGGACGGGCCCGGCGAGCGCGACGGCGGGCGGCGCGGGGCUGCCCAAGCGCCUGGCCACGCUGCUCACGGGGCUGCUCGAGUGCGGCGCCUUCUGCGGCAUCAUCUUCGGCUGGGCCUCCCUCGUCUACGUGCUCAAGGAUCUCGGCUACUUCCAGGAUCUCUGCCUGCCCGGCCCCGGACCCAAUGGCACCGAGCUCCUCGACUGCAGCAAGCAGAAUGAGCAGUUCUCCCUCGUCUUCACCAUCGGCUCCUUCAUGAACAACUUCAUGACCUUCCCCAUGGGCUACAUCUUCGACCGCUUCGGCACCACCGUGGCCCGCCUGAUCGCCAUCUCCUUCUACGCCACCGGCACCCUGCUCGUCGCCUUUUCCACCCCAGGCUCUGCCGUCCUGCUCUUCCCGGCCAUGUCGCUGCUGUCGGUGGGCGGCAUCCUCCUCAUCCUCACCAACAUGCAGGUGGGCAACCUCUUCGGGAAGUACCGCUCCGUCAUCAUCACGCUCUACAACGGGGCCUUCGACUCCUCCUCUGCCAUCUUCCUCAUCAUCAAGGUGCUCUACGAGCGGGGGCUGCCGCUGCGGGCCAUGUUCCUCUUCAUGGCGGGCUGCAGCGCCUGGCACGUGCUGCGCACGCUCUUCCUCAUGCCGCGGCGCCGCAUCCCCUACCCGCUGCCCGCCGCCUACGACUACGGCCUGCGCUGCCCAUCCCGCUCCCGCUCCUACCGCACCUACGAGGAGAAGCGGCCGCCGCCGCCGCGCGACGACGACGGCGGCCCCGAGGACGCCCCGCUGGAGCCCGCGCCCCUCGGCCCUGCGCCCAAGGGCGGUGACGCGGGGCCGCCGUUCGGGCGCUGCGUGCGCUCGCGGCUCUUCGCGUGGCACGUGGCGUGGCUCUCCUGCAUGCAGCUGCGCCACUACCUCUUCAUCGGCACGCUCAACCCGCUGCUGGAGCACCUGGCGCGCGGGGACCUCGCCCUGGUGAGCCGCUACACCAACGCCUUCGCCUUCGUGCAGCUCAGCGGCGUGCUCUUCGCGCCCUGGAACGGCCUCAUCCUCGACCGCCACAAGCGGGGCGCGGCGGCGCGCGGUGCGUGCGCCGCCGAGGAGGGCGCGCGGUGCCCGCACGAGAGCCAGGUGACGCGCCUGGAGCUGCCCGGCGCCGCCGGCACCGCCGGCACCACGCUGCGCUACGCGGUCGUGCGCUGCUACAAGGGCUUCCACAGCGCCCAGGUGCGCGCCGCCGGGCACGGCCGCGCAAGGGGCACCCGGGAAUGGGCACCGCGGGCUGGGAAUGGGCACCAGGGGCUGGGAAUGGGCACUGUGGGGUUUGGGAAUGGGCACGGGCACCGUGGGGUCUGGGAAUGGGCAUGA